AUGCCUUCGGUCGGCGUCAGUGGUUCAUCCAUGGUGGUGCUGGUGCUGGUGCUGGUGCGGGUGCAUCUUCUUGACGCGGGGUCGGACCGUACGGAAUAAAACGCUUCACGGUUAGCCCUCCGCGCCUUGGUCCUAAUAAUUGUGUGCUCGUUAAGUUUCUGUGCUGCAGGCUGCAGCUGUCCGCACCGAGUUCCCCGGGGGUUUGGAUUCUUGGGGUUGGCCGGGGGUGGGGAGGAGGUUCAUGGGUCAAUGGAGUCAUGCGGCUCUUGUCAGUAGUCCUCUUCAUAUUUUUGGACCAAACGCCUGGGAAUUUCUCUCUAUUAUAUUUUAUAAAAGAAAAAAAAAUGAUGAUACAUGCCAUAGCAUCGAACGGUUGGGAUUGGGCGGGUAAUGAUGAUGAUGACCGGGUUCCGGUGCAGAAUUGGACAAAUGAAAUGGAUUGGUAGGGGCCAGCGCGCGCAGAAGAAAAAAGCACAUACUGCUUAACGAGUAGUACGUGGACGUGCUCAGCUGAUUCCCUUUGGAUGACAGACCAACCCAGCUCUAUCUCUGACAUCUCCCACGGAGUACUGGAUUGAUUACCCCACACUCAAACGCCUCUCCGUCCUCCCUGGUUAUCAAUACGGGCCAAAAUCAAAUCGGGGCGGGAGUCAGAACAUUCGGGUUAGCAAGUAUGAACACCUCCUCCCCCGGAUUCCAGGAGUAGUCGUACCUUGAUGGACCUUUUCUGUCUGCUCUGGGCCAGGCUUUUUAAGUUAGUUCGCUGGGAAGAUAAGAUGCUCAGCCACCCACAGGCCCAGCCCGCCAUGCAAGCAUGGACGUGGUUGACCUGUCUCUCUGUCUAUUGCAUUUACUAUAUAUUUUUUUUUGUUUUUGGGGGGUGGGUGGGUCCCAAUUAGCUGGCGCUAGACAGACGCUGUAGAAAGAAAUCUGCAAUUAAUUGUCAAUUGUUUUAGUCUAGAUGUGCUGUGUUCUUAAAUAUUUGUGCUGCUGCUGUUGUUUUGCUGUAUAGCAUCUUCUUCUUGUAAUUGUAAAUGUUUUUUUUUUUUUUGGGUGAGGAAGCUGUGUCACAAAAUAUUUGAGAUAAACUACAAACUAAAGAAAUUAAAAUCGGGGUGCAUGCAGACACACGUGGAUCCAAGAUUUCGUGAUUUGGUAACUUUUUAUUUAUUUAUUUUUGCCAUGCUUGGAAAUUUAUCCGAUUUGGAGCGUUGAACUUGAAAUGUGCACUUAAUUUAACUUGUUAAAAGGUCGCAAGUGGGAGUUCCUUUGAUGUUCUAAUUCUACUGCGUAGGAUUCAUGCGUAAGGAUUUUUAUUAUUUUAUUUUUUUGUUGAGGGAGAUUAAUACCUUAGGAUCAAUCGAUUCCAAUCAAGCAAAUGGAUAAGAUUCAUAUACUCUAGCAACCCUUCAACAAACAAAAGGAAGUCCGCACUAUAGCCUCCUACUAGUUCCCUAGCUUGGCUCCAUAGUUGUUUUCCAUCAACCAUGCAAGCUUCAAAGAUGUUGCUCUUGUUCUCCACGUCUCCACCGCACUUGCGGCACCACCGGUAUAAUUGCUCCACUGCCCGCCGCCCAAAUGGGUGCUCUCUGCCUCUUAAAGUACAAGCCAUGGCAGAGGAGCAAACCGAAAGCGGGAACGGAAUCAUAGACAAAGCAGCCAUUGCUGGGGGAUUGAUCUCUACACCAGUAAUUGCGUGGUCACUGUACACCCUCAAGACCACCGGCUGCGGCCUCCCACCGGGACCAGGGGGAUCCAUAGGCGCCCUGGAAGGCGUGAGCUACCUAGCUGUGGUGGGGAUUGUGGUUUGGUCGGCAUAUACCAAAGCCAAAACGGGCUCGGGGCUUCCAAACGGGCCUUUUGGGUUGCUGGGAGCUGUUGAAGGCUUGUCGUACUUGUCCCUUCUUGCAAUUACAGUUGUUUUUGGCCUGCAAUUCGCCGAGAAGGGUUCCCUUCCCGGGCCACUGCCUAGUGAUCAGUGCUUUGGUUGAGUGUUUUUCUCAACAAUCUUUUCUGCUUUCUUAAUUUUUCUUCGUUUAUAACUUUUUUCUGUUGUUUGUAAAAUAUUGGCAAUUAAUGUCUUAUCACCUUCCAUCUUCAUCGAAGCCACCUUCCAUCUUCAUCGAAGCUCCGGUUUAGACAUUCUUCUUCUCUCAUGGAGUUCGUGAGCUCAAGAAGAACGCAUGCUUUCCGGAUACGGUUAUGUUAGGAUUUUAGCGGCAUGUAAUUUUCAACUAAAAAGCACCUUGACAAGUAAAGACGAUAUAUUUCCCCACCGAUGCUUAUGCUUGCAAUGUGAAUAAAAAUAAUGUAUGUAUUAUUGCCA